ACACACACCAUGCUGCUGGAGCCGAGCAAAGGAGCCUCUUCAGGGGGCUUUUAACUCGCUACAGGCGGAAAGGGAGAAAUGCUGUCGCCGCGUUUAAAGGAACCCCUCUGUUCUGCUCGCCUUCACUGUCAACAACAGUCGUUCUGCAGCUCCGCUCGCGGCUCCUAUCGGGUCAUCUAACGGCGCCGCACCGAGGAAAUCCCUGGGACUAUGUGAGCACCAUGCUCGCUGUGAGAUGCUUGCUGUUCGCUGCAGUGUGUGCACGGUACGCCGUAACAGGUCUGAGGGAACGGGUGAGUGUGGAGGAAAGACUGCCGCCUGCGGAAGAACUCGUUCAGCCCAAGCGGCUCCUGCAACAGAUCCACUCCCAGGAGGAGCUGCUCCACAGCCGCCUGGACACCCGGGUCAAAAACUACACAGCCGGAGCACAGCCCCUUCAUCUGGCCCAGAGCAGCUUCUUGGUGGAGGCCUUUGGCACAUCCUUCAUCCUUGACCUGGAACUCAACCACCAUCUCCUGUCUACAGACUAUUUGGAACGUCACUAUGAUGAGGACGGGCAACUGUCACAGAAUAUGGGAGGAGAGCAUUGCUACUACCACGGGCGUGUGCGCGGCCUGCCGGGCUCCUGGGCUGCUCUGUCCACCUGCCACGGCCUCCAGGGGAUGUUUUCUGACGGGAACUUUUCGUACGGUAUUGAACCGGCCAGUGGAGAGGAGCAGAAUGACCACAUUGUGUAUCGUAUGCCGGACAUUGACCUCCUCCCACCUCCCUGUCCAGGGUGCUCUCUGAACAGCACAAAGCACAGCCACGUUGAGGGAGACGGUGAGCUGAAGGAUGGAGACGACUGGUCUGAAGAGGACAAGCCCAUCUUUACAGAAGGACUGAGACGCUCAAAAAGACAAGUGCGGCGAGGCCAGCGCACAGUCCAGACUGAGACCAAGUACAUCGAGCUGAUGGUGGUCAACGACCAUGAACUGUUUGUGCAGCUUCGAAGGUCGUCCGCUCAGACGAAGAACUUUGCCAAAGCAGUGGUGAACAUGGCCGACGCAAUCUACAAGGAGCAGCUCAACACUCGCAUCGUCCUGGUGGCCAUGGAAACCUGGUCUUCUGAAAACAGGGUCUCUGUGGGCGAUGACGCCUUGCUCACCCUGCGCGACUUCAUGAAGUACAGGAAGGAGAGCAUCAAGGAACGCUGUGACGCCGUUCACCUCUUCUCCGGGAGGACGUUCAUGAGCAGCCGCAGUGAGGCGGCCUACAUCGGGGGCAUCUGCUCAAUCACUAGGGGUGGAGGCAUCAAUGAGUUUGGCAGUGUGGGCCCUAUGGCCAUCACAUUGAGCCAGAGUCUUGGCCAGAACAUUGGCAUGCUGAGGAACAAAGAGCGACUGGCUGCAGGAGACUGCAGGUGUCCAGACCCAUGGCUGGGCUGUAUAAUGGGGGACACAGGGUAUUUACUACCUGCCCGGAAGUUCUCUCGCUGCAGUAUAGACGAGUACCUGCGCUUCCUCCAGCAGGAGGGAGGCUGUCUCUUCAACAAGCCAGCAAGGUGAGGGAUGUUGUUAGACCCACCCGAGUGUGGGAAUGGAUAUGUGGAGCUGGGAGAGGAAUGUGACUGUGGAUCACUAGUGGAGUGUGCACGGAGUGGAGCCAACUGCUGUAAGAAGUGCACCCUUACCCACAAUGCCAUGUGCAGCAACGGGCUCUGCUGCAGGGACUGCAAGUACGAGCUGAGAGGGGUGACUUGCCGUGACGCUGUUAACGACUGUGACAUCCCUGAGAACUGCAUGGGAGACUCCAGCCAGUGUCCUCAUAACGUCCACAAACUAGAUGGCUACAUGUGUGAUGCUGGACAGGGUCGGUGUUAUGGAGGCCGCUGUAAGACCAGAGAUGGCCAGUGCAGGACACUGUGGGGCUACAACUCAGCUGACAGGUUCUGCUAUGAAAAGCUGAACUCUGAGGGUACAGAGAAAGGAAACUGUGGCCCGGACUCCAGCGGUCAGGGAUGGGUGCAGUGCAACAAGCAAGAUGUCCUGUGCGGUUUGCUACUGUGCACCAAUCUAACAGAUAGGCCGAGGUUUGGUGAACUGCAGGGGAGGCUCACCAGUCUGACUAUCCACCAUCAGAACAGAUACAUGGACUGCAGAGGCGGCCAUGCAGUGCUGGAUGACGGCUUGGAUAUGGGCUACGUGGAGGACGGGACGCCAUGUGGGCCAAACAUGAUGUGUUUGGAGCGUCGCUGUCUCCCCGUCACCACCUUUAACCUCAGCACCUGCCCGGGCUCCUCAACCUCACGCAUCUGCUCCCACCACGGGACUUGCAGCAACGAGGUGAAGUGUAUCUGUGAUCCAGACUACACUGGGAAGGACUGUAGCGUGUUUGACCCGAUCCCCAUCCCCACCCCGCCAGAGGGCCCAGAGAAACACAGAGGUCCCAGUGGUACCAAUAUUAUAAUAGGUUCGGUUGCUGGUGCAAUUCUGGUGGCAGCGAUAGUCCUGGGGGGAACUGGCUGGGGAUUUAAAAACAUCCGAAGAGGAAGGUACGAGCCUGCCUUUCAGUGAUGAUCCUGAAAAUGUUAUCACCUUGAAUCACUGUUCAUUAUGUCAACAGAAUGCCAUCUGUUUUAUAAGAAUUCUCCGCUGAGCACCUUAAAGAUAUUUCUAAGCCCACACACACAUUUAUCCGUCACCUGCUUUAUGGCCUUUUUUCAUCUUUCAAACGUUUUAUAUAUAAUGUUAAUGUGUAAAGGGACACGUUUAUAGCAUGAAGCAAUGCCACAUACCACAGCAUUUAUAUAGCAUAUGCUAGUUUGCAAUACUCCUCCAUAGAUAGGCCUUU